UAUCGAUUUUUGUAACACAUCUUUAUUGUUUUGAAGCUCAAUUUCUGUUUUUGUUAUUUAGAAGAAAAAAUUUCUGUGAACUAUCUUCGUAAUUGUAGGAGAAAUGUUUAAAAAUACAUUUCAGUCAGGGUUUCUUUCGAUUUUGUAUAGCAUCGGUAGUAAACCUUUGCAGAUAUGGGACAAAAAAGUUCGAAAUGGACAUAUUAAACGUAUUACUGACAAUGAUAUUCAAAGCUUAGUGUUAGAAAUUGUCGGCACAAACGUGAGCACAACAUUUGUAACUUGUCCUGCUGAUCCGAAAAAGACGUUGGGAAUAAAACUUCCGUAUUUAGUUAUGAUAAUUAAAAAUUUAAAGAAGUAUUUCACUUUUGAAGUCCAAGUUCUUGAUGAUAAAAAUGUACGUCGUAGAUUUCGUGCAAGUAACUAUCAAUCAACAACUCGAGUCAAACCUUUCAUAUGCACCAUGCCAAUGCGUCUUGAUGAAGGUUGGAACCAGAUACAAUUUAAUCUAUCCGAUUUUACCAGGAGAGCGUAUGGAACUAAUUAUGUGGAGACUUUACGAGUACAAAUACACGCGAACUGUAGAAUAAGACGAGUGUAUUUCUCUGAUAGACUUUAUUCCGAAGAAGAGCUUCCACCAGAAUUUAAACUCUUUCUACCUAUUCAAAAGCCUCAAAAACCAAAUCACACGGCGUGUAGUUGAUAAAUUAGUAUUUAUUUUAACCAAUUGGAAACGGAAAAAACACUUUUAUCAUAUUAAAUACAUUUAAAAAUAUACAAAUCUAUAUUUAUAUAUUUAUUCACAUGUCAGUGAAGUGUGAAUAUAACUGAUCAGAAAUUCACGAAGGCAUUCAUCAAAUAAAUUUUUUAAGAGAUAUAUGUAAAAAUA